GGAUGAGUGUACCGGAAAAAUGGGCUGAACAUACAAAAGCUAAUUUAAAUCGUUCUCAAGCUGAACGUGCAUCAAGUCGAACCAUUCGUGAAGCAAUUGAACAUUGUCUAGGAACAACAUACAAUAAAAUACGUGAUUUAUGGUCUGCAACAAAUGCUUGCUUAGCUCAACGUAUACAAGAAACAACAGAAGCUAAGAAUAGAAUACAAACUCAAUUAGAUAAAGUUAAUCAAGAAUUAUUUGAUGUUGAGAAAAAUAUGGAAUUUUUAAAACGAUGCAUUGCUGAUAAACAAGCACCAUUGAAAGUGGCUAGAACACGAUUAGAUUUACGUAAUCGACGUCCAAAUAUUGAAUUAUGUCAUGAUGAUCCACAUGAAAG